UAAAAACAAAACUUACCCAUCUUGAACCCAAUUUACUAAGCCCCACAUAAACAGGUAAUAGUAAUAUACAAACCGUUCAUCGUUCGCUCACCCAUCCAACCGCUAAAUCUUCAGUCAGGCGAUAGACUAGCGAAAUGGGUGCUCUGAAAGCUGUGGCGCUCAUCGCUGGAGAUUGCAACAUUAGAGGCUCCAUCCAGUUCGUCCAAGAUUCAAAUGGAGCGACCCAUGUUAAUGGAAGAAUUAGUGGUCUCUCCCCUGGACUCCAUGGCUUCCAUAUUCAUGCUCUUGGCGAUACCACAAAUGGCUGUAACUCCACUGGGCCUCAUUUUAAUCCGUUGAAGAAGGACCAUGGAGGUCCUAGGGAUGCAGAACGUCACGUAGGGGAUUUGGGGAAUAUCUGGGCAGGUCCAGAUGGGGUUGCUGAAGUUUCCAUUACAGAUAGGCUGAUUUCACUUAAGGGACCUCAUUCAAUACUAGGUCGGGCAGUUGUCGUGCACGCUGAUCCUGAUGAUCUUGGCAAAGGCGGGCAUGAACUAAGCAAGACGACUGGGAAUGCUGGUGCAAGAGUUGGAUGCAGCAUUAUUGGAAUUCAAUCCUCUGUCUAAAGGUUGGCUGUGCUGGAAAAACAAACAAGUGUUCAGAAAGAUAAUGUGUUAUAUUCUCUCUCUCUCUCAAUUUGUUUCUUUGUUUAGUCUUGUAGCAUUUGCAGUUAUAAUUAUCCCAAGCUACAAAUAAACAUCACUCAUGGCUUUGGAAGCUAUGGCACAUGUUUUAUGAUACUGUAUUCAUAAAAAGCUAGGAUCACUGGCCCCAUUUGUCAAGUUUUGAGAUGGGUUUUUGCAAGAAUAUAAAUUUCUUUGCUUGUUUCA